CUUUCGAAGAGCGAACAACAACGCUCUGGAAAAAAAUUAAUUAAAAAUACAAACAAGUACAAAUAAAUAUCAAAAAUAAUUUUAAAAAAUUCCAGAAAGUCUACAGAAUUGAUAUCGAUGAUAAAAACGAUAGUGUUUCUAAUGAAAAUUCGUAUAAUAAAUCCAAAGUGUUGAUAAUCAAUAUUCAUGUGGGGUUUCCGUUUGAAACAGAAUAUGGCAGCAGCUAUUUCGCCUGAAUUGACUACCAUGGACAGGGAUGAAAGGUUAAAAUCUUUGGACGCAAAUCGAUAUGCCACCAAAAAAACGAUUGCCCAAGGGAUGUUGGACAUCGCCCUUCUGACUGCCAAUGCAAGUCAACUCAAAUAUAUUUUACAAGUUGGGGAAAAACACGAAUUUUACACCCUUAUGUUGACUUUGAUCUCCAUUUCCAUAAUUCUACAGGUUUUGGCCGCAAUUUUGAACGCAAUUUUAACGAUUUAUGGUCAUCAUCGUCCUGGUGACCAGGCUGAUGACGUCACCAGGAUUUUGAACCAGACAGCCUUAGGUUUUAUUAUGGGAACUUUAAUUUGUGAUGUCUGUCUGCAAGGGAUAGCUUGUGUAAUUUUAGGUUCGGCCCUGGACAUAAAUAAAUUGCAGCAACAGGACAGGGCCAAUUUAGGGAAUAAUAUUUGUCUGUCCCUAAAUAUUGUAACAGUCAUUCUGAAGUGCGCCUGGACAAAUACAUCUUGCAAGAAAGAUUUUUCUUUGGAUUCAUGA